CAAGACGGAGCAUGCACAGGGCUGGGGUCAGGGCAGCCGGCUCCCCUGGCAGGCGAGAUUUAUGAUUUGGCUGAGCUGGGGAGAGAGGGAGCCUGCAACGAUCCACAGGAUGAAAAGCAGCCCAGUGUUUCCUCGAGGCGCCACGGUGCCAAAGGCAGGGGCAUCCAUCUGGCCUGGCUGUGUAGUACAUUUGUCACCCUGGAGCCUGGGUCCUGGCUGGCCUCCCUUCUGCCAUCUGUAGCCACAGCCCUCGCCUUCAGCAGCCUCCGCCGCAGGGCCUACAGCCCCAACAGGUGCUCUAAGGGAGAGGGGAGCCUGCUCCCUCCCUUGGGACCCUCUCGUGCUCAGCCCUCCAGCUGGUGUCUCUUUACCCUCCCUUGAGGAUAAAAAGCCUGGUGUUAGGGAGGUGAAAGGCCCUCAGAGCCGGUACUGUAGUUUCACGCUGGGCUGUCAGGAGCACUAGGGCUCCUCCCAGCCACUUUAAGGGUUGUGAGAGAGGCCAAGUGUCUGGGGUCGAGCUCUCUGCCCACCAGUGCUUCUAUCUGAUCUAGAGGUAGAUGUAGAUGUUCUAGAUAAAAUUGCAUUUGAAAAAUGGGUUCUGCUGCUGAAAAAACAACAUGCGAAGACCACAAUGUGGUCUCAUUUCAAAGAGGAAGAUAGAGAGGGUCAGAGAAGGCCUGCAGCCCAUCCAGUUGUUGGCAGAAGAGGGAUUAGAACCCAAGCCUUCUGGCUCCCCCCCGCCCCGGCAGGAUCUCUCCAUGAUACUGGGCCGCCUCUUUUGAGGUCCUGGCCUGAGCAUGCAUGACAACAGCUCUUCUCCACGCCACCAGUGCUCCCCCUUCCCCCUGCUAUCCAGCAGAGCCAGGCCCACCCCUUCAGCUUGGCUGCCAUGCCCUCUUCACUUUUCCUCUGUCAGAGAGGCCUUCAGGAUAUAAACCACGUGCAGCCCAGGCAAGCGGGUUUCAGGUAUGAAGCAACCCCUCCGUGGUCAAGCUGUGAUUGCAACUUCCCCUGCCCCAGGCUGUCUCCAGGGCCAGGUGCUCAGCUAAUACACCCCACCGCUCUGGCCCAUGGGCACUGGUGGCUACGGAGGGUUUUCUGGGGGUGUGUGGGCCAUUUCUUUACUCUUCUUUUGGUGUCUGGAAGAACCUGGCUGUCUUCUGGCUUCUGAUUGUUGGUGUUGAUCCAGCCUCCCAUGGUCCCUGAAUUCCAUUGCCCCCCAAACCCCAGACUAACCUUCUUCCUGGGCAAGGGACUCUCUCUGCCUUCAAAGCUCUGUGCUCUCCUGUGAUUCUGUGAUUCCUCCAGACCCUGCCAGUGUCCAUUUCCCCAGCCUGGCUCACUCUGUUUUGUGUUCUGCCUCCUCUGCAGGGCUCGCUUUUCCACUACGCCCAUCACCCUUCAGCCUCCCCUCUCUGGAUGUAUACCUUGUCUCUGCUCCAUCUAAACUCCUUUCUUAGCCUCUUAGGGCCGGGCCCUUCUUCUUCAGGGAGCCCACGUCCCCUUGCGGAGCCACCACAUCCAUCCCUCACUUGAUCCUCACAACCAUGCUAUGAAGUAGCUCUUAAUAUUCCCAAUUUUCCUAUGAGGACACUGAUUCUCAGAGGUUUAGCUGUGUGCUCAAGAUCACACCUCCAGUAAGAUUUAAAGACUUGGUUCUGCCUAACCCUGAGCCUGCACAGUUACCUGUCACACUGAGCUGCCUAGGUGGUCACCUUGUGUGGUCCAGCUGAUGACCUUUCAGCCUGGGGCAAUGGAAGCCGAUAGCGCUAGUGAUCUUUCUCCCAAGCACUCAUCCCUCUACCAGAUCCUCCCCCGGCUGGGAAGCCCCACAGUGGCUGGCUUCUCCUCCCCUAGCUAGGACUUCCAGGAGGGUGCUGAGAGGGGAGCAGUGGGGGAAGGCUUCUGGGCUCACCACCUUCUGGAGAAUGUGCCUUGCGGGGUGGGGACAAUGACCAAAAGGAGGCAGGAAAGGACCCGGACUGGAAGCAGGAGGGAUGGUGCUGCAGACUCUUUUGUGAAACGCUGCUUCUUCCAAAGUUGUUACCCAAGAGUCUUCGGCAGAGGAAGCUGACUGCUGACAGCAGCAGCUGUGGAGGCGGCAGAAGCGAGGGGUGGCAUUAGCACCCUCAGGGCGGGAGGAAGGGAAGGUGUCUCCCGCCUGUUCUGGAAUCUGAGUCUCUCACCACCCAUUCCCCACCCCCACUCUGUCUCAAAAUCCAGGAGAGAGAGGGGCAGACACCCCAGGAAGAUGCAUAUAUUCUGCCUCUCACACCUGGCUCCUGCUCUUUCUCUCUCUCUCCCACACUCCCACCCACCGACCCCACCCCCAACACCCCAGACCUCUCAUACUCGUCUCUCACAUGCAUGCAUGCACACACAGCCUGUCACACUCUUUCACACACACACACACACAGUCCUCUCACUUUCCCUCUUUUGCUCAUCUGUAUGUGUGUGCGCGCACACAUACACACACACAUACGUGCACACACACAUACCGAAACUCUGAAAGGUCUCUGUCUUCCUAAGCUGAGCUUUAGCAUUAUACCACUGCUUUCUGGUCCAGCCAAAGUUGGAGUAUUUCUGGAAUGAGCAAUCCACUCCAGGAGAAUAUAGCAUCCUAAAGCAUCCUCAGGCGCCUUUGAGGAAACUGGGAGAGGAAGCCAGCCUUCCGUGGGGUGGCUGGGGCUUGGCCAGAGGACCGCCCGGGCGCUGGUGAUUGGUGUGUCACGGCUGGGGCUGCGAGCUUUUUCCAGCGCUUUUGUCUGGCGCUGGGAGCGAGGCUCGGCAGUGUGAGGGACGAUUGAGCCGUUGGGGCGGGCUGCUGCGCUGUGUCCUGCUUUCUCUGCGGCUGGACUGAGCUGCUGGAGCCGCCAGGAAGGAUGGAGAUGUUUUCUUGCCUAACCUGAGUGCAGCAGCCUGGGCUGAUUUUACAGGGAAGUGCUUUCUCUCUUGCAAGCAGGACCACAGUCCUGGUCCCCAGGACUGAGAAACACAAUCGGGAACCGAGCCCUCAUCAGCCCAAGGAAGCCUCCAAACCCUUUCAGGGACCUGGGAAGCAGGCGUACCUGCAACCCCAGUCCAGCUCCAGGCAGGGGCUGGAUCCUGAGGCUGGAGGUGAGGGGUGGGAGAGCCCGCUGCUCCCCUGGGCUCUGCCGGACUGCUUGCUGUUGGUGCUGGCUUCCCCAGGAUCGCUCCUCCUGCCACCUCUGACUUCCCUACACCGCACCUGGGGCUCUGCGAGCCCAUGGGGGAGCUGCUGGUGGUCUUCCCCCAGCCGGCCUCCGGGAGCCAGGACCGCAGUGGGGACCACCAUGGUGUUCCUGGGACCCCUGGCUGUCACCCUGCUGCCGCCCAGCCUCACACUGCUGGUGGUGCACCUCGCCGGCUCCCAGGAUGUCGCCCUUGAACCCAGCAGUGAGCAGCAGCUGUGCUCCCUGAGGGAACACCCCAUCGUGGCCUUUGCAGAUCUGAAGCCAUGGGUCUCUAACUUCACCUACCCUGGAGCCCGAGAUUUCUCCCAGCUCGCUCUGGAUCCCUCCAGAAACCAGCUCAUCGUGGGAGCCAGGAACUACCUCUUCAGACUCAGCCUUGCCAACGUCUCCCUCCUUCAGGCCACAGAGUGGGCCUCCAACGAGGACACGCGCCGCUCCUGCCAAAGCAAGGGGAAGACGGAGGAGGAGUGUCAGAACUACGUACGAGUCCUGAUUGUCACUGGCCGGAAAGUGUUCAUGUGUGGGACCAAUGCCUUUUCCCCAGUGUGCUCCAGCAGACAGGUGGGGAACCUCAGCCGGACUGUGGAGAAGAUCAACGGUGUGGCCCGCUGCCCAUAUGACCCUCGCCACAACUCCACAGCUGUCAUCUCCUCCCAGGGGGAGCUCUACGCGGCCACCGUCAUUGACUUCUCAGGUCGGGAUCCUGCCAUCUACCGUAGCCUGGGCAGUGGGCCACCCCUUCGCACUGCCCAGUAUAACUCCAAGUGGCUCAAUGAGCCAAACUUUGUAGCAGCCUUCGAUAUUGGGCUGUUUGCCUACUUCUUCCUGCGGGAGAACGCGGUGGAGCAUGACUGUGGGCGCACCGUGUACUCUCGGGUGGCCCGCGUGUGCAAGAAUGACGUCGGGGGCCGCUUCCUGCUGGAGGACACGUGGACCACAUUCAUGAAGGCCCGGCUCAACUGCUCCCGCCCGGGCGAGGUCCCCUUCUACUACAACGAGCUGCAGAGUGCCUUCCACCUGCCCGAGCAGGACCUUAUCUACGGGGUCUUCACUACCAACGUAAACAGCAUCGCCGCAUCUGCUGUCUGCGCCUUCAACCUCAGUGCCAUCUCUCAGGCUUUCAAUGGCCCGUUUCGCUACCAGGAGAACCCCAGGGCUGCCUGGCUCCCCAUCGCCAACCCUAUCCCCAAUUUCCAGUGCGGCACCCUGCCCGAGGUGGGCCCCAACGAGAACCUGACGGAGCGCAGCCUGCAGGACGCGCAGCGCCUCUUCCUGAUGAGCGAGGCCGUGCAGCCGGUGACACCCGAGCCCUGUGUCACCCAGGACAGCGUGCGCUUCUCACACCUCGUGGUGGACCUCGUGCAGGCCAAGGACACGCUCUACCACGUGCUUUACAUCGGCACAGAGUCAGGCACCAUCCUGAAGGCGUUGUCCACGACGAGCCGCAGCCUGCGGGGCUGCUACCUGGAGGAGCUGCACGUGCUGCCCCCCGGGCGCCGGGAGCCUCUGCGCAGCCUGCGCAUCCUGCACAGCGCCCGCGCGCUCUUCGUGGGGCUGAGCGACGGCGUGUUGCGGGUCCCGCUCGAGCGGUGCGCCGCCUACCGCAGCCAGGGGGCUUGCCUGGAGGCACGGGACCCGUACUGCGGCUGGGAUGGGAAGCAGCAGCGUUGCAGCACGCUUGAGGACAGCUCCAAUAUGAGCCUCUGGACCCAGAACAUCACAGAGUGUCCUGUGCGAAAUGUGACUCGGGAUGGGAGCUUCGGCCCGUGGUCACCAUGGCAACCAUGUGAGCACUUAGAUGGGGACACCUCAGGCUCUUGCCUGUGUCGGGCCCGAGCCUGUGACUCCCCCCGGCCCCGCUGUGGGGGCCGAGACUGCCUGGGCCCAGCCAUUCACAUUGCCAACUGUUCCAGGAACGGGGCGUGGACCCCGUGGUCGUCGUGGGCCCUGUGCAGCACGUCCUGUGGGAUUGGAUUCCAGGUCCGCCAGCGAAGUUGCAGCAACCCUGCUCCGCGCCACGGGGGCCGCAUCUGCGUGGGCAAGAGCCGGGAGGAGCGAUUCUGUAACGAGAACACGCCUUGCCCAGUGCCCAUCUUCUGGGCAUCUUGGGGCUCCUGGAGCAAGUGCAGCAGCAACUGUGGUGGCGGCGUGCAGUCGCGGAGUCGGGCCUGUGAGAAUGGCAACUCCUGCCCAGGCUGCGGAAUGGAGUUCAAGACAUGCAACCCCGAGGGCUGCCCCGAAGUCCGGCGCAACACACCGUGGACGCCUUGGCUGCCCGUGAACGUGACCCAGGGAGGGGCGCGGCAGGAGCAGCGCUUCCGCUUCACAUGUCGCGCGCCCCUGCCUGAUCCCCACGGCCUGCAGUUUGGCAGGAGGAGAGUGGAGACCCGAACCUGCCCUGCAGACGGCUCCGGAGCCUGUGACACUGAUGCCCUGGUGGAGGAUCUCCUGCGUAGCGGGGGCACCUCCUCGCACACAGUUAGCGGGGGCUGGGCCGCCUGGGGCCCGUGGUCAUCCUGCUCCCGGGACUGCGAGCUGGGCUUCCGCGUCCGCAAGAGAACAUGCACGAACCCGGAGCCCCGCAAUGGGGGUCUGCCCUGCGUGGGGGACGCUGCAGAGUACCAGGACUGCAACCCCCAGGCUUGUCCAGUACGGGGCGCCUGGUCCUGCUGGACCUCAUGGUCCCCAUGCUCAGCCUCAUGCGGUGGCGGCCACUAUCAACGCACCCGUUCCUGCACCAGCCCCGCACCCUCCCCAGGUGAGGACAUCUGUCUCGGGCUGCACACGGAGGAGGCACUGUGUGCCACACAGGCCUGCCCAGAAGGCUGGUCGCCGUGGUCCGAGUGGAGUGCAUGCACCGAGGAUGGAGUCCAGAGCCGCAGCCGGCACUGUGAGGAGCUGGUCCCCGGGCCCAGCACCUGUGCUGGAAACAGCAGUCAGAGCCGCCCCUGCCCCUACAGUGAGAUUCCCGUGAUCCUACCUGCCUCCAGUGUGGACGAGGCCACUGGCUGUGGAGGGUUCAGUCUCAUCCAUCUGGUGGCCACAGGCAUCUCCUGCUUCCUUGGCUCUGGGCUGCUGACCUUGGCAGUGUACCUGUCCUGCCAGCAUUGCCAGCACCAGUCCCAGGAGUCCACGCUUGUCCAUCCUGCCACCCCCAACCACCUGCACUACAAGGGUGGGGGCACCCCCAAGAAUGAGAAGUACACACCCAUGGAAUUCAAGACUCUGAACAAGAAUAACUUGAUUCCUGAUGACAGAGCCAACUUCUACCCAUUGCAGCAGACCAACGUGUACACGACCACCUACUACCCAAGUCCCCUGAACAAACACAGCUUCCGGCCCGAGGCCUCCCCUGGACAACGGUGCUUCCCCAACAGCUGAUACCACUGUCCCGGGGACUUGGGCUCCUGCCUUCUGAAGGCACAGAGCACGUGGAGAUGGGACGAUGGAGCCAGUUUGGUUUUCUCCCUCUGCACGAGGCUGAGAACUUGCUGCCUUGCCUUGUGGGGGUCCCAUCUGGCUUCCGAGAGCUCUGGCUGGCAGGGACCCUGGGGGAGAGGUCUGGCUUUGGGCAGGCACAUGGCUGCCGUUCCAGCUCAGCCCAGGUCUCUCAUGGCCUCCUUGCACCCCACCUUCACGCUGAUCUCCCCUGCCACGUCCAGGCUGUGGACCUACUAGGCAUGUGAGGGAAUUGGAGAGUGGAGAUGGCAGGAGGGCAGGCUCUUAGGUUUGGGUCGGAAAUGAUGGCCCCUGUGGCCAUCGUAGGCUGAGGCUGCUCCUCUCUGGCUGGCCCCAGGAAGGGCCUGGGCCACAUCCUGGUUGUAUCUAAAAGAAACUAAUCAAAUGGCCCCAGAAGCUCUGGCUUCUCUGCCCAGGGCUGGGUCAUUGUGGUGCUGCCCCAGUGUGACAUGGGGACCAAGGCCCGGUGGUCCACCUUUGCCUAGCAGUCUGUACUUUGCCCGGAGACAUGCCUCUGGGCAGAGGCAGUGAGGACUGGGGACUGGAACUGAUCUUUGCUGAGAAGUCCUUUACUCUGGGCUGCGUUCCCCAGCCUUGCCCUCAGAAUGCAGGGAAGGUGGCCCAGGAGAAAGGGAGAUGGGAAUCCAGCCUCCGUGCUGCUCUGGAGACGACCUUCCAGGUGCUGCUCCACAGAGCUGAGACCUGCCUGGGAGUCUCUGCUGGCCCCUCAUUUGUUCAGGAACACACACACGUACACACCCAAUCACAAUCUGCUGCAGCCACAAAAAGGAUGUUGGGCUGUGGUGUUAUUAAUUAAAGAUGAUGUCGAGUCUCCAAA